GAGGGGUUGUGGCAGAUGGGGAGGGGUCAGGUUUCUGAUAAUAAGGAAGAACCAGGUGGGAAAGGGGAGAGGUGAAGUAGAGGCACCUGCCUUCCCAUAUCUCUAGGUCACCUCCAACACCGAAGCCAUCACCACAGCCAACAAAGUGCCACCUCUAGCAUCACUGCAGCAAUUGUCACAGCCUCCUAUGUGGCAGUGGGACUACAGGCUCACCAGAGCACAGUGGUGAUCAUGCUUUACACAUCUACCCUCCCCAAUGGCAUUGACAUUGGCACUGUGGUGAAAAUUUGUGGAUCUGUUCCAUGCUGCUCAGACAGGUUUGAAAUAGGCCUGACCUGCAGCGAAUGGCGUGAUGCUGAUUAUGCCCUGCACCUCUGUGCCUGCUUUCAGAAGUGCCAGGUGGUCUUCAACACCAGGGAAGAUGGUGUUUGGGGUGUAGAGGAAUGUGGGAAUGGUUUUCCCUUCCACCGUGGGCAGGCCUUCGAGAUGAUGAUAAUCACUGACCCAGAAGGCUUCAAGGUCGUGGUUGGGGACCAGAAAUACCACCACUUCUGCUACCGGGUCCCUGUGUCACAAGUGCGCAGACUGGAGGUGAAUGGGAAGGUGACCCUGGAGUCUGUGAACAUCUUCUGAACAGACGGGGAAAGAAGUCCAGAUCUUGGAAGCAAAUAAAGGCUUAGCUUCCAGCACAA